UGCAUUUAUUUGAAUUUACAAGAAAUAGCGUAAAAGAUCGUAGUUCCGAAUCAGCGAUUCGCAACCGUGUGAUCGAUGAUCCAUGAGACGUCUACGAGAUGUAAAGGAAAGAGAAAAGAAAAUCAAGAAAACGCACUUCAGUGACGCUUUACACGGUGAAAGUAUUUGAUGCGAAGGGGGAGUUCAUCUGGACAGGUAACGGCGACGGGACAGGUAAAGGCGCAUCUUGGCAUUGAGCGAACUUGAAUUUACCGUCAGUUCACGGUCGUUCAUUCGUGCUUACCGUUUCUACGAGAUCAUGCGUGCGAUUCUGCUUCUCACGUUCCUAGUGAACGUUGAACUGAAAGUAUACGCAGAGGACAUUUGGCAACAAGAUUUGUCUAAAGAUAUGCAAAUAGGCGCAUCUACCGAGGGCUACGAUCGAGUAGGGCUGCGAUGUGGCGCAGAGAAGAUGACUGUGGAACUCAAAACAACCGAAGAUUUUUCAGGGGUGAUUUACACACAAGGUAGUUUCUAUUCUCGACAACACCCUUGCUUCCUCGAUCCAGUUCGCGGUAGAAGUUUCACCAUGAGCAUCCCUUUAAACAAAUGCGAUACCGAAAAAGAUGGUGACAAGUACAGCAACGUCGUGGUGAUUCAGCAUGACGACGAGCUGCUGACACCAGGUGAUGCUGCUUUUACGCUAGAGUGCGACUUUUCAAAGCCGCGUGAUCUUACAGUAACGGCGGACUUUAAUGGAAGUAAGAAAAGAUCCAUCCGGUCGAGUAUAGCUCUUGUUGACGCCGAUCCGGGAAGGGACAGAAGGAAAAGAUCAGCAUACGUGGAAAGCUACGGAGACGAAGUUGUUUUCGUGCCGGAGGAAGCGUAUCGUAAGGCAAAUGACGAAUUGUGAGACACCAGAUAAAAACAGUCCGGAUAUCACCUUUCUAAAUCUUACCAGCGAACGAUUCCGGUGAGACUGCACAAUGUGUUCUAGAUAUUGUUGCUGUUGUUUGUUACACUGUUCGUUGUUUGAAUAAAUUAUAUAAUCCGUUCUAUCGGAUUUCUCAUUUCGUAACGCGACGCGCUUAAUUUGUUUGCGAUGCAUGAAUAUGCGCAUACACGAACGACUUUUUUUUUUGAGGUAUAUUUUCAUUUCAAAGAUAUAAGCAGUAUGAUAUUUUACUGAUAGCCCCUCGGCCUUACGAUGAUAUAGCGAUCACACAUGGAAAUUUACGUCAAGCGUUUAUGCAAUAUGCAUUCCAAUAAGUAUAUAACCUUUUAGUUUAUUUUGGGUUGUACUUUUA